AUGGCCGACAGCGAGUUUGAAGAAUUUCGUCGAGUAUUCGAUAAAUUACCACAGCAUAUUAAAGCCCCAUCAUCAUUUUAUUCAUUAGUGCCAAAUGUGGGCUUGGAAGAUGAAUCACCUUCAUCAAAAAGUGACGGUUCACCAGAAGAAGAUAAUGAAUGCGUUGGUAAUGCCGAAACGGUGAACGCUCCACCAGCAGGCAGUGAUGUGUCGCCAAUAAAUCAAGAUGUCACUGAUGCACAACGCAGCCCCAGACAUCAAAAUUUUAAUAAUGGCGAAAGAAAAAGAAGAAAACUUCCUGAGAUCCCCAAGCAUCGAAAGUCUACCGUCGUGGCUUGCAAUCAACCUGCUUCCUUGGCGGAUGAAUUAGGCGCUCUCGCUGGUCUCCUAAUACGACCAGGGUCCCAAGGCCGCCCCUUGUUGGUACUCAAGUGUGGGUACCUUCUCGAUGAAGACUCCAGUCCAGAUUCAGAACGACUUCAAAGUCUUGGUGAUGUAGACAGUGGUCACAGUACAGCACAUUCACCUAUAGACACUGGCCCAAAGAGUAUAUCGCCAACGCCACUUCAACAGAAUGUUUCGCCUACGUCAAGUUGUAGUAUCAGUGGUAUUAAUUACUCUGGAAACAUGACAACGGUUCCUCAUAGUCAACUAGAGAUGUUAGAAGCAACACACAGAGGCUUACAUAAAUUUAAUCCAAGACAUCACGAUGAGCUUGAAGUUGAAAUUGGUGACCCCAUUUAUGUACAAAAAGAAGCUGAAGAUCUGUGGUGUGAAGGGGUCAACUUGAGAACAGGUCAACAGGGAAUAUUUCCAUCAGCUUAUGCUGUGGAUAUGGAAUAUAACGAUUUUGAUCCAGCGAAUGCCAAAAUCAAGCGAGAGCGAUAUCUUUUAGGGUAUAUGGGAUCGGUGGAAACCCUUGCUCAUAAAGGAACAGGUGUUGUAUGUCAAGCUGUAAAGAAAAUAGUCGGAGAAUGCGCCGGACAACCAGGUGCACAACCAUGUAUUUUAGAAGUAUCAGAUCAAGGUCUACGUAUGGUUGAUCGUUCGAAACCAGAGAAAAGUCGCAAUGGGCCGUGUAUUGACUACUUCUAUUCGUUGAAAAACGUAUCCUUCUGCGCUUUUCAUCCUCGUGAUCACAGAUACCUUGGAUUCAUAACCAAACACCCUACAUUGCAACGAUUUGCAUGCCACGUGUUCAGAGGACAAGAGUCUACAAGACCCGUUGCUGAAGCUGUGGGGAGGGCAUUCCAAAGAUUCUACCAAAAGUUUAUAGAAACAGCAUAUCCAGUAGAAGACAUCUACAUAGAAUAA